AAAACACAAACCCGCACUCUCUCUCUCUCUCUCUAAAAAGCUCUCUUUCUCUGUCUCUCCGUACUUUUCAUCAGUUUUUAGCUUCUUUAUAUGACGGUUUGGAGUUUAUAGAAGAAAGCGAAGGCAUCAGUAUUUUCUUUUUUAGUUAUCUGAUCUCUCUGUUAGCUUUCUGGAUCAAGCCAGCACCGACACGUAUUGCUCUGUGUUAGAGAGGCUUCUGGUGCUGUUAAUGGUAUCUUCUGGUCCUGCAUUACCAAACCUGAAAUGGGUCAAUAUGAAUUUAGUGAAAGAUUGCAACUGUAGAAGCAUAUCAGAGCCGUCUUGUUGAGAGGGGAAAAAGUGAAGUGGAAAAAUGUAUGGCCUAGUCUGCACUUGAGAUACACAGCUGGCAUCCGAUUAAACUAUUUGGUCUAUGGAAGACUACUCAAGGCUGAAAAAGAAUUUCAGGAGUAAGCAGUCAUUGGGAACUGCUGAGAAGACUGUAACAUCCCAAGCAAGGAAAAGUGUGGACGUGAUGGAGAACUUGAAACCAUGGAAGCCUAAUUUGUCAUAUGCUGAUCUCCGCCAUCAAAUUACAAAAAAAGUAGAUAAUCUCUCUUCCAAGCCUUUGACAAAUCAUCAGAAGCAGUGUAGGACAGCAAUUGAGGAAGAGGAGCUGGUGAAGUAUAUGUCCAAAUUGCCAAGCUAUCUAGAAAGAGGACAAACCCACCAAGAGAAGGUUUUAAAUGUUGGGGUCCUUGACUGGGGUAGGCUAGAAAAGUGGCAGUGCAGGCAGAAACAGAUGCCAGCUAGAAGUAGCAGGCAUUCACUUUCAAGCAGUGACUCAUCCUCACCUUUAUCAACAGAAGGAUCAUCUGUCUAUUCUAGCAGAGGUCAGAGUUGCUCUCCGGGUCAUCAAAGGACAUGUCGCCCUUCACUACAAUUUCAUCCGAUGUCAUCACCCACCAAAGGCAAGUCUCCAGUCAAAGAAAGCAUUGGCAAGUUUCAAGAUGUCAAAGGUUCCCAGACCAGCAGGGUGAGUGAGCGAGCAAAGUUUAUCAGAGCAGAUCAGCCUUUUCCCAAAAACCAUCCAGAAUUCAAUCCUGACCAGUGUAAGAGAAAACAUAAAGGCCCAAAGAUCAAUCCGGAAAGUGGAACUUUGGCUAAUGGGUUAAAUCAUGAAGGGCUGAAGUGUAUGAAGACGAAAAUGAAGACAAAGACAAAGGCAACCGCAAAGCCUCCAGAGGGUGACUUUCUGAAGAGAUCAGGGGAAUUGCAAGAACAGAAGACAUAUGUUGACCAAACAAAUGAAAGAUUAAUUCUUCUUAUACCGAGAGAUUCCCCACAAGGCACGCAUUCUGGAGUGCCCCAUAAUUCAACUAUGAUGUUAGGCCAAAAGGAAGAAGAAGCAAAUCAAAGGAGCUUUGCAGAUAUGCCUACGGAAAUUUUCUGUCCAGCAGUCCAUUCUGAUGUCCCACAUUCAUGCCCUCUGCCAUAUGAAAUUGGCAGACACUCUGAGAGAAAAUGGUGCUCAGUAGAUGCUGAAAAUAUCAGUUUUUUGCCUGAUUCUUCUCAAUCAGUACCACAUCAAGUCAAAAUAAGAAUGCGUCAAUCCCGUGAUACAAUUUCUAAAUUAGAAAAACCAACUGUAAUGCUGACUGAUUCAAGUUCAAAAGAGUCUUCUGUGGCAGAGAAAAAAGUGAGCAAUUUAGCCGCUGAAAAAGUUAGAAGCACAUCACCAUUUCGCCGACUUAGCAGUGGUAUGAGCAAGAUAAGCAAAAAUUUCAGCUCCAAGGAGGGUUCAUCUAAACCACAAUUGAGCUCAACUAGUAAUUCAGUACAAUCUGGUUCAGAGAUUGCUAUGGCUUCCACAUGCCAGGAAAAUCAAAGUAGUGAUACACAAAAUGCUACAAGUAGAGCACGGUCAAGCCCUUUGAGAAGGUUACUGGAUCCAAUGCUGAAGCCUAAGGCAGCAAACUUCCAUCCUUCAGUAGAGCAAUUGCAGAGAGGUUCUAUAUCAACUGAUAAAGUCUGCAAGUCAUCCAAUGUUCAUUUAGAUUGUAUGCCUGGAACUGCUCAGAUUGGGAAAGUAAAAUCAGAUACGACCACUCCUUGUAGAAUCAGUGUCAGUGAUUCAUCCAAGGACAGGAAGCACGUAUCUUCAGCAUUUCAAGCCCUUCUCCGAGUUGCAGUUAAGAAUGGCCAACCUACAUUCACUUUCGCUGUUGACAAUGAACGCGACAUUCUUGCAGCCACAAUGAAGAAAUUGAGUGCCUCAAGGGAGGAUGACUACAGCUGCAUUUACAACUUCUAUGCCGUUCAUGAAGUCAAGAAAAAGAAUGCGAGAUGGAUAAAUCAAGGUGGCAAGGGCAAAUGUCAUGAUUAUAUACCCAAUGUUGUUGCCCAGUUGAAGGUUUCUGGUUCUCAGUUUUCCAAUCGGACUAGACAAAAUUAUAUGGCACAAUCUUUUGUGAGGGAGUUUGUUUUGUUUGCCAUGGAUCUACAACAGGCAGAGCAGCAAACAUUAGAUUUUCAGCCUAAUGAUGAGCUAGCUGCCAUUGUUGUCAAGAUCCCUGAAGUAAUCAAUAGAAGUACCGUCAGAGAUGGCAAUCGGACUAACAAUUGCAAUAAUUUCUCAGAGGUGAGGUGUAAUUCUACCUCUGGUAAUGUACAGAAUCAGCCGAUCCUUGGCAGUCAAAACCUUAUCAAUACUACAGUCAUUCUUCCAAGUGGCAUUCACAGUCUGCCAAAUAAAGGAGGACCUUCAUCAUUGCUCCAACGUUGGAGAUCGGGUGGAUCAUGUGAUUGUGGAGGUUGGGAUCUGGGUUGCAAACUUAGGAUUCUUGUCAACCAGAAUCAAAUUAAUAAGAAAUCAAGUCCAAGCAAAGCCUGUUCAGCAAUUGAUAAAUUUGAGCUCGUCUCUCAGUGUGAAGAAGAGAACCAACCUGUCUUCAUCAUGACCCCUUUCAAGGACGGGAUCUAUUCAGUCGAGUUCAAUACAUCACUUUCAACAUUACAAGCAUUCUCUCUUUGUAUAGCAGUUCUAGAUGGUAAAAAACUAUGUGAGAUGUCAGAAUCUAGCAACUUGUCUGAAGAAAAAACUUCUCUGGAAACAAUACUGUCGCAAAACGAUGGAAUGAGGGCUCCAAACGGAAUUGUAGGAGAGGUCCCUGCAAGAUAUGUCUCAUAUCCACCCGUGUCACCGGUAGGAAGGGUCUAGUUUGAAGUCAAAUGAUCUCUGUAACUAGUCACAUCCGAUAUAGAUAGAUGAGUAGAUAGAUAGAUAGAUAGAUAGAUACAAUUUCAGUCGGCUGUUUGAGCAAUGGACGGACCUGGAUUGAAGUUCUGCCACUGGGAUUAGUGGUUAAAUCAAAUGAAAAAUAAGCAUAUAUUCUGCAAGGCUUCUGAGAUGAUAGGAAAGUAGCCUGGAAGCCUGAGAUCAAGCAUGGUAUUUUGUUGUAUUAGUUUUGGUUGAGUUCUUAUGAUGUCAACUGUACUCAGAGCAACUCUGUCUUCAUCAUCAAUUUAAGUGCAUAAUAUUACCAGUGAA